AUGCCAGCCAAACCGGAACCGGACAAUUCUCAUAGGCACAUUGCUGAUAGCGAGACAUCGUCUCACUCCUUUUUGCAGUACUUGCGCGAGACUCUCCGCCCAUAUGUGGGUUUGACAUCGUUCACGGAAGGAGCGAGACAUGAGAUGGUGCAAGACGAUGUACAAGACGCUGUCCAUCCAGUUCCGGCUCAUAGCCGCGAUGAGCUCUUGGGAGCCUAUCUGGAAGCCACUAGCGGCCUCCUAGAACUGUUCUCAACGGAUGAGCUUGCUGACAUGUAUCGGAGCAACGUAUACGCACAUGAUCCUCCGGGAUGGGGCUUGGAUGGCGACUUGAUCCCGGCUACCGAUGUUGCCCUAGCUAUCGGGGCUCAGCUUCGGGAGCCCUUCACCUGCCGAGCACAUUCAACUUAUUACUUCCGCAAUGGCCGUGAAGCAGCAUUUAAGACCAUGCUUGGAAGACAAAACCUCUCUAUGGUUCGUUUGUUCACAUUGCUGGCGUUCUACAUGAUUGGUGCCUGUCAAAGAGAUACAGCCUCAAUGUACCUGGGUGUGGCGGCGAAAGCCGCAUGUGUGUUAUCCCUACACCGUGCCUCAACAUACUCCAAUUCUUCCGAGAGCGAGUCGUCCUCGAAUAGAGCACGAAUCUGGAACAGCUUGCGCAACGUCGACGUUCUUUCGAGCUUCAUCUUUGGGAAACCAAAAAGCCUACCAGCAAUCCGACAAAGUUCCAGCCAGACCCAUCUCUCAUUCGAAUACCUGGGCAACGACAAUCUCACGCCAUUCAACUCUAUCGUAAAAGGCUGCUCCCUACUUGAAGAAAUUGUGGACGAACUCAGCUCCGGCAAAAUUUUGCACGUACCGACAGCUGAGAGUCUCCUUGAGAAGUUGCAGAGCUGGAGCCAGUCGCUUCCAACCAGCUUGCGCAAAGUCUCGUUCACAGGUGAUGCUAAUGUGUCAAGAAAUGCGUUGCGAAGUAUCACAUCACCAACAGGCAAAGACGCAAUCUCCCAAGGAGAUUUAUCAGCAAGGCAGAAGUUAGCUGGAGCGCUGCACGUGUCUUGUAUCUACUAUUUCGCCGUCAUACUCAUUUCACGCCCAUUCUUGAUAGCCUAUCUACUAUCUCGGCUCCGAGGGAGAGCUCCCGAUCAGCUGAUUCCCAACCCCGAUGAGGCAUCAGACAUGGCGAUCAAAAACAGCACCAUCAGCAAGAUGGCUCAAUUGUGUGUCAGUGCCGCAAUGCGUACCGCAGCCACAUGUGCGGCGGCACACCGGCAUGGGUACUCCUUUGGAAACCUCUGUCUGCUCAAGGCAUGGGUCUUUGGAGCCGGUCUCGUACUCGGCUUCAGCAAAUUUGCUGGAGAGCCUCGAAAGGACAUAGACGAGGCUUUCGAGCAGGUGAAUACUGUCCUUGAGUCUAUUGCGACCCAAAGUCCGCAAGCUGGCCUAUAUCGAGAAACUCUUGAAGCCUUCAGGGAGUCUAUUGCGAAGUGGCAUGACCGCGUUGAGACCGAAAUCAAACGGACGGUGCAGCACUACAUGGACGAUAUCCUCGUAAUCCAUGGCAGUGCCCAGAACCAGACAACAAUCGGGCCAAAUUUCCCUUCCGGGGCUUUCUACACCACUGACACGCCUCAAAGUUACACAGACGACCACCCACCAGGACUUGACGCGGUUGGAGUGGACAAUGCGGCUCCGUGGCUCGAGGGCUGGGCAGGCGGCACUCCGCAAUCAAGCACACAGGUACUUCGACAUCUCGGCUUUGGCGAUGUAAUCAGCGACUACGAAAGUUACGACGACCCGUUCUUCAACUUCGAGCCAUUCGAAAAACUAUUCUAUAGCGUUGAGUAA